AUGGGCGAAAACCCUCACCAAGUCACCCACGAACACCAUCACUUUUAUCAUGGUGGAAAGAAGGUGGCCUCAACAAGUGUUAGAGUAACGGACCAAGGUGUAAUUGAGGAUGUUAAGGUAAUGGAACACAAUCCUGCAUCAAAAGUUGUUUCUUUUAUAGACUCUAAAUACAGCAAUUAUAAUAGCGAACGACUUUCAAAAUUAAAAUCAAAAUUAAAUACAUUAACCUCUUCAUUGGAGAGUUCAACAAAAUCCAGUGGUAGUAGUGGUUCGAAUUCUAAGGAUGAAGACAAACUCAAAAAGAAAAUCAAACAACAAAAGAAGGAAAUUGAGGGUCUAACUCGCGAAUUGAAAGAUCUCCAAAGUACUGCUUCAAGGAGCAUUGCAAGUCAUCAAUCGCCUUUGCUGUUAUCACCAAAGGAGGAAGAACCUUUGGUUUCCGAAGACUAUACCUUGUAUACAAUCAAAAGAUAUUUGACUGUUUUAAAACAAGGCUCUUAUGGAAACUCUGCGACUGAUCAAAAGAACUUUUUAGAAACUUUGAAUUACUUAGAAUCCAAACUCGAUAAAAUAGUUUCAGAUAAGAAUUCACAAAUAGAAAAACAUAUUACAGACAAGAUCGAUGCCGAAAGAAAAAGUAAAAUUCUAGAAAGCGAAAGAGAUUUUGCAAAGAGAGAGCUGGAACAAAAAGAAUCUGAACUAGAGAAUGUAUCAAAAGAAAAGGAUAGAGUAUCAAAGACACUCUUUUCGGCAGAAGAGGAUAUAGUAAGACUUCAAAAAGCAAUUGAGCAAAUGACCAAGAAUCAGGAAGAAGAUACCGAAAUUACUCAAAAGAUGAUUGAGAAAAUUAUUGAAAAGGAAAGAAGUAGAAUUAGAAAAAAAAUGUCUGGAGAAUAUCAAAAAGAAAUUGAUGAUCUUAAGAAUCAUAUUACACAACUGGGAGCUCAAAUUCAGCGAUUGAAAGAAACUCACGAUGCAAGGGAAAAAGAGAUUAUGGAAUCUAAGGAAGAGGCUGCUCUUUUCAGAAUCAAAAGUGCUGACGUGGAGAAGUUGAAGCAAUUGUUAAAGGAAUCGAUAGAAAGAGAGAGAAAAUUAGAGGAAAAUCUAGGAAACACUAUUAAUAUGAACCAAUCCCUGACCAAGGAGCUUGAUUUGAGCAAGAAAGUCCUACACGAAAUAGAGUUAUCAAUUCACGAUAGCACCUAUUUGGAAAAGAGUUCUUUAUUCAAGCAAAAGAUUGGAACAUUAUCACCAAGCUCACAAUCUUUGAAAUUUAAAGCAAUAGUUGAUAUGUGCGAUGAAUUAGCCAAGUUGAAUUCAAACUUGAGAGAAAAGGUAAAGACAACACAGGCCAAUAAUGACUUGCUCUCUCAAGAACUGUUACAACUCCACAAGGUCAAGUUGGAAACUUCUUCUAGCCAAAAAUUGUAUCAAAAAGAGAAGGAAAUUCUUGCUGCUGAAGUGGAAGAAAUCAAAGAAAAUUUUAAAGAAUCUGUAAGAAAGGCUCAACAAGAGUCUGAAAGUUUAUCCAAAGUGAUCCAAGAAAAGCAAUCUGUUAUUGAAAAGUAUAAGGAAAUAAUUGAAUCAAAGGGAAAUAAUGUUGAGAGCUUGGAGCAAGAAAAUAGAGACAGAAAUGACAAGCUUAAACAAUUUAAGAAAGAAGUUGAAGAAAAACAACAAGAAUACGAGGAAUUGUCAAAAGAGCAUAGAGAUUUAGGAAUUAAAUGCACUAAAUUGCUCAGAGAAAUUGAGGAAUUGAAGGAAGAAGAUGAAUCCAAAUCCUCAUUAAUUACUCAACUUAAAUCUCAAAUAGAAAGGUUGACAUCUGAAAACCAUAACACUAUUUCAAGAAUUGAAGAAUUAGAACUUGUGUUAGAGAAUAAUGGCAAGAAAGAUUGA